GGCGUCUCUGGCGGGAUCGACUCUCUGCUGACAGCCGCGUUUGAUCGCACCGGCGGGGGGCAAACGGACACCAAAAGACACCGGAACAUGAAAGCGCGCGCGGCAGGACAAACAGCGGCGACACAGACAGAGCGGCUCGCUCACUGACUGAAGCCUCGCGCCGCGUCGCGCGCCCUCACCUCACCGCUUAUCAGAAUAAAUUCAUAUUGAUUGCACCUAGAGGAACAAGUGCGGGGGGCUGGAGGCAGAGCGCGGACUCAGGACAGAGGUUCAUGUCCAGCACCGGAGGAGAUCUCAGUGACCCCGACACAGAGGAGCACCACUUUACAGGAUGGGGGUGGUCAGUGAGGGAGAGGACGUUCUAGCACGAUGGAGUGACGGGCUGUUAUACUUAGGCAACAUCAAAAGAGUAGAUCUAAUCAAGCAGUGUUGUUUGGUCAGGUUUGAGGAUAAUUCAGAGUUCUGGGUCCUCAAGAAAGACAUUCAUUUAUUCUCACCAAGUGGAGAGGAAGUGUGUUGUGUCUGCGAUGGUCCACCUCUUAAAGAGCCACUCAUAAACUGUCUCAAAUGCCGCCAUGGUUAUCAUGCACAGUGUCACACUCCAGCCAUCGAUCCAGAAGUGGAGAUCGACUCCUGGAUCUGUCGGCAGUGUGUCUUUGCUGUCGCCACCAAGAGAGGGGGAGCCUUAAAACGAGGUCGCUUUGCUCGGCUCAUGCAGUUAAUGAAGGUGGGGCUGCCCUAUCAGCUUUCAACUUUAGACUGGGACCCACAACAUCUGACUAACCAGCAACAGUGUUACUGCUACUGCGCUGGACCGGGAGAGUGGAACCUGAAGAUGUUGCAGUGUAAUGGUUGUGGUCAGUGGUUUCAUGAAGCCUGUACGCAGUGCCUGACUAAACCUCUGUUAUAUGGAGACAGGUUUUAUCACUUCCAGUGUUCGGUGUGUACAAACGGCCCUGAAACCAUCCAGAGACUCCCGAUGACAUGGGUAGAUCUGGCCCAUUUGUUGCUCUAUCAUCUGUCACUGUGCUGCAAGAGAAAAUACUUUGAUUUUGAUCACGAAAUAAUGGCCUUUGCCAACGAGAACUGGGAUUCUUUGCUCUUGGGCACGCUGUCAGAUACGCAGAAGCAAGAUCGCUCCAACAGUUUGCUCAAUGCUUUAAAUUCCAACAAGGACAGGUUUGUCUCUGGGAAGGAGAUCAAGAAGAAAAAGUGUCUUUUUGGGCUUCAGGUUCGGGCUCCUCCUCCACUGUUGUCUGACUCCUCACCCCUCAUUGCUGAACAGCCCAUCAACAUCACGCACCGUAAAAGCCCGCUGUCACUGCCAUGCCAGAGACGAACGGUGGGGCCGGACUCUCGUAAAUCAAAGCGGCGCAUCAUCGAGACACAGUCCUGUUCACCAGAAGUUCCUGCAAACCACAUCAACCUGGUGCCAUGUUGCCAUGAAUGUGUAAACGGGGCAAGCGUCUACAACUCCCGGAAAUCAGAAGAGGAAUUAGCAGUGGGAUCACCACCCAAGAGAAUGUUUCCCCUGUAUCACUCAUCAUACAAUGGUUCUCAGGGUCUGCCUCGAUCUCUGCAUCACUACAGUGCCGAGGACCCUUGUAGACUUCCAGCCCCCUGCCUGCCCUGCUCCAUGUCGUCAGAUCAUUCGCCUGUCGAGAAGUUUGAGCAGUGCCCAUCACUGUUCCUGCGUGAUGUUGCACCCUACCCCAACGGAAUGGAUUUAGAGGAGCACACAGCACGAGGCUGGGGCGGAGGAGAGGCUGUGAGGAUACUGGCCAAACGUAUCACUCCAGAUGGAAAGGUCCAAUAUUUGGUGGAGUGGGGAAAUGUUAAAGUUUACUGACGGAGAGGUGACAGUAUAUAUACAUGGUAGGAAGAGAGCAGGAGCGAAUGACUGAGUGAGUGAGUAGACAUCAUUUGAAAGUAGAAAAGGACGAAGAACAAAACUGCCUAUAUUACAUUCAGCUAGAGCAGAUUCUCGAGGAAGACAAUGAUGAACUAUACGAUGCCAGGUUGAUCUGAACUUUGACUUCCCUUUUUGAAAUGAUAGAUUAUACUUUCAGAUCUUUUCCCCUUGACAGCGUCUUCUAUAUUUUGAAUACUGUUAGAAACACCUCUAGAAGGCCUUCAAUCUUACUGGUGUAAUUUGUAAUCUAUAUAAUAUAAACUCUUUAUGGUAUUAUAUGUUGUUCAUGCAAUCAUUCCAGUGAGAAACAAUGUUCACCGUUAGGAGGCCGUUACAGCCAGUUUGUAAGGUUCAUUAUGUUAUGAGGGACAAAGAGAAUGUUAGAGAAAUACUGUUAAUUAGGCAGAAAAUACUGUUCGUUCAUUUUUUUUUGAUCGAUGACCUAACAAGAUCGUCAUAGCACUGUUAUUAUUUACUUUACUUACAGCCACAAUUUAUUCAUUCAAUUUGGUUUUAUAAUCAUGACAAUAUGUGAGUGAUGACAAUAUGUGAGUGUACUUAAAUAUCCUCUUUAGUCACUAGAUCUGUCAAAGCACUUCUGAGGGCACUUCUGUGUUUCUCUAGUAUUCUUAACAGAAUGUUUCCAAGAUCUUGUAAAAUCCAUGCCAGAAAGAAUGAAACCCAUUCUAAAAUCGAAAGCGGGUGUUAAUCAGUAUUGGUAUGGUGUUUCUAAUAAAGUGGCUAGUGAGUGUAUACAUAAACAAAUAA